AUGGAGGAGUCGGUACGACCCACUCCUGGCCAGCAUGGAAAGCAGCCCGCAUGUUUAAAUUGCCGGCGUAGCAAGAUCCGCUGCGCCCGACCAGAGGGCCAUGACCGCUGUGAGAAAUGCAGACAAAGCGACGUGGAGUGUAUCGUUCCCAGUCACCAACUCGGCCGCCAGAAGGGUGUAAAGAACAAACGCAAGGGGCUGGAGAAAGCUAUCCACCAGAUUGAACAAGCCAUUAAGCGGCCCAAGCUUGAUGCGGUUGGCCCUUAUGAUAAGGCUAUUUCAGACUUACAGGACCUACUCAGUCGGGUUCAGGGCCAACUGGCAAGUGAUUCAGACAGUUUUGCAGCAUCGGAACGCCCCCCUCCACCUGCACAUGAUAAUGUAGAUGAGAGUUUGGCUCUCGAUGAUGCGGAGAAUCCGUUGCAGCUGCUGGCGCGGGCUUCAGAUCUGCAGCUCUCGCCUACAGAAUUGCGCCGGGAGUUGAAGUCUCCCCAACCGCCGUCAGUGCCGAAAAUAUCGCAGAAUAGUAGCUCUACAGAUUUCAGCGCGAAAUCUUUCUUCGUCCCUACGCGGGCGAACUUGGACGUUGGACCGGAGCUGGAUCCUGUUGAUCUCGGCUUGGUCACGUUCGACGAGUCCGAGAGUUUGUUUUCUUUUUUUUAUCAACAUCUUGCUCAUACGCGAUGGGGACUGGAUCCCUUCGUGCACACUGCGGAAUUUGUGCGGGAUCAGUCGGCCUUUCUUUUUACGUCAAUUCUGGCUACAGCCGCUCUGUUUCUACCAUCCGCCGCGGCAUUAUCAAAGCGACUGGGCAGGCAUUGUAAAUGGCUCGCUAAGCAGGUGAUGACGGAGAGGUACAGAUCAGUGGAGAUUGUUCUUGCAUUCAUGGUGAAUGUGCCUUGGAUGGCACCUGGUGAGCGACUCGGUGAUGAUGAUACGUGCUCGUAUAUUGCCAUGGCAUUGACCGUGGCGCUGGAUCUAUCUUUGAAUAAGAUCGUAACACCGUCCUCCAGCUUUGAUCAGAAUCUUUUGAGCCGACUGGCUCGAGCUGACUGCAUUGACGCAAAGAAAGCAUUGCAAAUGGAUGGAUUCGACGUUGAUUCCAAUUCUGAAUGGGGUCGUCGAUUACUGCGAAGGCGGGAGAGAACUUGGAUAGCGUUGUUCGUCGUUGAACGAGGUGUUUGUCUUGCCCGUGGAAGAAGCUACACCGUCCCUCCAACAGCACUUCUCGAGAAUUGUGAUGCGUGGCAUCUUUCGGAUAUUGCAGACCGACGAGACGGACCUAUGAAUUCCAUGGCUGUUCUGCGCAGAGAUCUUUCAAGUCCAGCUGUGAUAUCUAUCGAGUCGUCGACACCGGAUCUGAGGCUGCCCAAUCAGAGCUUCUACGAUCGAUGGUAUAAGACAUGGGCGCUGGCGAUUAGCGAAGGCGGAACAGCGCGCUCCCUUCCACCUUAUGUUGAGAUUCUAGUGACCCACACCCAGCUUUCAACCUACGGUGGUGUCAUCAAUCAUCCCACUGCACCCCUUGAAGUCAAGCGCUUCUUCCGAGCGGCCGGUCUAUCGGCUGCACUGAACGUUCUCCGAGCCGCUAUCCAAGGAGAAUCCCGACUCAAGUCCAUGCCAAACAACACCGUCAUCAUGAUAUCCUUCGCCGCAUGCUCUGCUCUUAGCCUCAGCGUCACCCCUGGCGACAGUCGAUCUAGCUUGGCGCCUAGCGUGCGAACCUUGAUAGAAGAAACGGCCGGGAAAUGGCGCUUCUGUAUUAUAUGGGCGAUUUCUGCGCGAACUUAUUCGCCGGGGACCUACCAUUCCCCUCGGGCAGAUGGAAAAUCACGACCCCUUGCUUCAUCCCCCCUGGAGAGACCCGUAUCUGUCCCUCAGCCAGUCACCGGGGACCUGUGGACCGAACCUAUGCAAUUUUCUGCUAUGUCGGAUGGACAGAUUAUCGAUGCGGUCAAUCGGGCGGGGAGUGCCUUUGGGGCGUCGAUACCUGACGUGCCGGUGGAUGAUAUGCUUUGUUGGGAUUGGUUUGAUUUUGCCAAUACUGAUUUUGGGCUAUAG